UGGCAAACAUGUACAACUGACCGUGAUCAUUGCGAGCAGCGCAGCAUGAGAGGACGUUGUGUGCGUUUACGUUGUGUGAAUAUCGUUUUUCUGAUGGAAGAAGCAAGACAAAUUAAUGAACUUUGAAACUGCUUGAAGGCUCAUGUUUGUCAAGUUCCAGAGAGUGGACACGCGCAGGAUCCAGAACCAACCGACAAGAUGAACUGAGACAUUUUACGCGCGAGAGGUUGCCACGGGCACGCGUGCACGCGUCAAGGUUAAACCUCUGUGGAAAUCAUUCCUGAGACAAACAUAAUGGUGAGGAUAUAUCAAUGAAGAAUGUGACCGCGUCUGACUCUCUCCAGACGGGGUGGAUGCAGCCCUCGGCGGUGUCAUGCGUCUUGCCCCGCAGCCAAGCGCGCAACCCUUGCGGCUCAUAGUUCUGCUACUCCUCACCGCGGGGGGGAACACAUCCCCGGUGCUCUCCCCGGGCUGCCCGGACAGGUGUGUGUGUGAUGACCAGCUGGUGGUUCAAUGCGCCGGUCAGCACCUGACUACCUUCCCGGUCAACUUGCCGCUGGCCACGCGGCAGCUCAUCAUCUCCAACAACCGCAUCGUGGAGCUUCCGCCGCUCGCGCUCAACUACCUCUCCGACCUGGUGUACCUGGACUGCAGCAACAAUUCCCUGACGGAGAUAUCCGAGUCCACGUUUGGGAAUCUACGGAAGCUGUCCUACCUGGAUCUCUCCUUCAACACCUUGAUCCGGAUCGAGGACAGGACGUUCGGCCCCUUGGCGAGCCUGGUGAUGCUGAGGAUGACCGAUAACCCGGGGCUCUCGGAGAUUCACCAGGACGCCUUUGCGGAGAACGCGGCCCUGCAGGUGCUGGAUGUGAGUCGCAACAACUUGACUGUCGUCAACAUCACCUCCCUGAUCGCGCUGCCCAACCUGCGCUCCGUGGGGCUCAGCGGGAACCCGUGGAGCUGCGAGUGCGACAACGAGGACCUGUGCCUGUGGGUCCACCUGGAGGGCUUCAAGUUCCAAGAUGAGGGCCAGACGGUGUGUGGCUCACCUGCUGACAUGCAGGGCCGUCGUCUGGGUGAGGUGGGCAUCCAGCUCCGGACGUUGUGUCACCAGACUCUGGGCUCAUGGGACUACCUUUUCUUUGUCGUCAUCGGCUUUGUCAUCUUUGCUGCUGGCACCGUGUCGGCCUGGGUGAUGGGCGUCAUUAUGGUGCUCUAUGAGCGCUACAUCAAGAAGAAAGACGAACAGCUCGACGUGGACGACGAGGAAGAAUCCACUGAGACGGGUCGUACCUCGCGAGACAGGAGUGACCAUGGCAACGGGAAUUUGAAAAUGUCACAUACUGUUUAAAACAUUGAAUCCCGCUCUGCCCAACACGGAUUCCCACAGUGCCUCCUGACUACUUCCGGGACUGUCUGUGAAGUCUAAUUACAGUCAAACUGAGUCUGUUUAACAGGCUCAGCUCUGAAAGAGAAAAGAGAGGAUUCAACAGAGGUGCAGAAUGUCGUACCUCUCAUUUGUAGUGGGCUUUCAGGUGAUGUAACACACACUCGGCUGCCAUUGUGCAGGUCCACAGCCCUUGGUUAUUACUGACCACAAAUGCCAAUGCAUUACUGUGCUAUAUGGUUUAUAACUUUGUAACAUUUGACUGGGAUGUGGUCAUACGGGGUGACAAAGGAGCUAAUGAGCUGGUUAUCUUUGAAGCAGCUAGCUGGAAUGUUUCUGCUGCUUAUCAGCUCAUUUUGUCUUGUGUACCACUAUCAAUGGUUAACCAGCUUUAGCUCCAGGAGUUAGAUGAGAAGAUUGGUACCACUCUCAUAUCUAUCCGGUAAGUAUGAAUCUACAGCCAAAGACAACUUAGCUUAAAAAAUAUAAGGGAACCAGGGAAAUGGCUAUAGUUUGGUUACUAACAUCCAAGUAUCAGCACCUCUAAAGGUCAUUAAACAACAUAUAUAGAGAGAAAUCUGUCAUUUUCAUCAAGGUAACGGUCUGUUUCAUCUGGUCGCCUGGAAUGGCAUCUAAUCUACUUUGCUCAUGCAUCAGCGUUGUGGUUGUCUACCACAAGGUGUCAUAAAGUGAUAAAGUUAUAAGUCACAUUUUCACGAUAAACCAUUUAGAUCUUGGUCGUUUAUAAACUAUAUAGUCAUGGGACGUCUGGAUCUUAAGUUAUCAGAGAAACAAGCUGAACAAACAUUAGCAGUUGGAUCGCAACUCUUUAACAUGAAACUUUAUUCAUUGUUUUUAGCGGGUUUACUCAUCAUGUCCGUUUGUUUUGGAGAGCAGGAGACCUCUGCAGAUAAUUCGGCUCCUUAUAAAAACCUCCUUAAUGAUAAACAACGAAGAAAUUGGGAAUGGGAAACAAACUCCCAUGAUCCCACGCUACUUCACGAUGCCACCAAACUCUUUUGUUAAUGUUAUGAUUGAGAGACACCUAGUGGCAGAAAAUGACAUAUUGUGUACACGUGUUUAAGCAAAAGAGAUACGUGUUUAUUAGUGAGCUUCAGAGGGGCUGGAAGACGUAUUUUGUUACCUUUGGACAGAGCUUGGCUAUGUUGUGCUAAACUAAGCUAAGUGGCUGCAGGCUGUAGGUUCAUAUUUAAACGACAGAUCUGAAAGUAGUAUCAAUCUUCUCAUCUAACUCUUGGCAAGAAAGUGAAUAUAAGUAUUUCCCAGAAUAUUAAACUAUUCUUUUAACCCCAAUCUGGGUCCAGCAAACAACAAAGGAACAACAAUACUAUAAUAAUAUAAUAAUAAUUAUAAUUAUAAUAAGCAGCUCAGCCCAUCAUAAUCUGCGUUAUUGAGAAACAAGCAUGUCAUAUUAUACAAUUUGUUUGUACCAAUAAUUACAAAUUGAAUACAUACACCGGACACUAGUGUAUUUCUACUUCAAUAGCAUUGUUUGCAAACAAUAAAUCGCCAGUGGACCUCCACAAUGGCAACAAUCAUAAUCGAUGAAUUGUGACCACGUGAAAUUUAAAGUGGUGUUGUCAUUCUGCUCAUAGGUAUGAAGAGAAGAUUAAAUGCAUUUAUACGAUGCAUUUAUGCCAGCGUAGAUGUAUAAUGUGUGCACACGCACUAGUGCAUGUUUGAUUGAGCUUCUGCAGAAGUGAGCGUGUCCAUCUUUGGUCCAGUGGUGUGUAGUUUUGUACUGAUUGUUCACCUUUCUUAUCUAUAAGAACAGAAACAAAGUGCAGUCGAGGCAUUUGUGUUGAAGAUCUGUUUGUGAAGUUGAGAUGCAGCAUGUGCCAACUGCUGAGGUCUGGUUUGGCAGUGGGCCCUGCUGGAUAGCAAGUAAACAGGAGAGUGUGAUAAUUGAUUUCUACUUCAUCCUCUCUUUGUCGGCUGACUGGUUUGAGUGCAGUGUUCUUUCUGUUUCUGCAUGCACUGUCAAUGCACCAAAAAAGCCUUACGAGGUGUGUACAAGCUAAUUCAAUUCAUUAAAGAAGGAAACAGGAUUUACACACAGAAGAUCCGAAGUGUAAUCAUUUGAGACUCAUUAUUUAAAGACAUCCAUGCUCCUACUUUCUUAGUAAGUUGCAAGGAAUUUACACAAAACCUGUUUUUUAAUGCAUCUACAGUUAUAAUAAUUUUAGAAAAUAAGACAGCUGAUGCCGUCAGUUAAAUACAGGCAACAGAAUAAAUAUCAACACCUGCAUUGAUUGAGAUUUUGAGUCCAGUUUGCAACAUCCACGAUCACAAACUUAACCUUUGGCUUAUUGUCUGGCUGUACCACUUCGAUUCCCCUGACGUUGACUGUUAUAAACUUAUGAAGGAGCAGGAAGAAACAUCCUUGUUGGACUAGGGGAGCCAAUAGGUAGCUGCUUCAAUGUGUGUGGACUUCAUCUGUAUUCAAUCCGUUGUGUUUCAGAAUUAUUAUUAUACUUGAAAUAAGAACAAAAUAUAACUUUUAAGGGAUCUGAGAAGGAGGGUGUCCUAGAACAAUGUUUGGACCAGCUGUUUUCCCCUCCUUUUAUGUUGUGCAGAUUUGACUUUAUUAAAGUUUUAUUAUGAAAGCGUU